AUGGCAGCAACGACAAACCCCCUCCACGGCACCCACUCGCCCUCCUCCCCCGCCGUCUCCUCCCAAACCCACACAAUCGCCGGCAUCCUCGUCACCGUCCACGGCCUGAGCGAAGUCCCCUCCUCGGCCUCCCAAAUCGCCUGCCUCUGGCUGCUCCACCCCCGCCUCCAAACCCGCGAAACAAUGGCGCCAAUAGCCAGCCAAAUAAUCUCCACCUGGAACACCUCCAACAAACCCACCUCCACCCACAAAGGCCUAAUCGCCAUCGCCUUCGACCAGCGCAACCACGGCUCACGCCAAGUCGACGCCCUACACAACCAAGCCUGGCGCGAAGGCAACCCGCGCCACGCCCAAGACAUGUUCAGCUGCUACCACGGCACCGCAACAGACACCUCCCACCUGCUCGACUACAUAGAAUCCUACAUCCUAACUACCCCGACCAGCCCGCGCAUAACCCAACACCUCGCCCUGGGCAUCUCCCUCGGCGGCCACGCAGUCUGGCACUGCCUGCUCGCCGACCCCCGCAUCACCGCUGGCGUAGUCGGCAUCGGCUGUCCAGACUACACCCGCCUGAUGACCCACCGCGCGCGCCUGUCGAAACGCGAAUCUCACGCUGCUACUUCCCCCCCUGGCGCCGCCUUUCUCGGCUCAGCGGACUUCCCCCCCGCCCUGCAAUCCGCAGUCGCGCAAUUCGACCCCGCUGGCCUCCUGCUGCCGAACUACUUCUCCCCCACAACUCCGGACCCGCCCCUCGAGAAGGCGGCACGGGAUCGCUUCAGUAUCCUCGUCCGUGAGCGGCUGGCCGGCAAGCAGAUCCUUAAUCUGAGCGGGAAGGUGGAUAAACUGGUGCCGUAUUCCGCGGGCGAGCCGUUUCUCAACGUGUUGAAAGGGGUGCUGAGGGAUGAUCCUGGGCUGGAUGUCAAGCUUGAGGAUGUGCUGUUUGAGGGCGUGGGGCAUGCGUUUCCGAAGCAGAUGGCGGAUAAGGCCGCGGAGUGGAUUUGUGGGGUGUUAGCUAAAGAUGGUGGGAAUGAGAAGGAGAGGGGGGUGGUGAGUAAGAUCUGA